GUUUUCAACAGCCCUAGAAAAUAAAUCAAACAGCCAAGAAAGCACUUCCAAGAAUUUUGUAUAUUUUUGUAAAUUUUUUUAACCGUUUUAACCACCAGUGAUUGUUUAUUUUAUACCUAUCUGUAUUUAUUUUAAUUUAUUGCAAUUUAUUAUUUGCGUUUCUUUUUGUGUUGUAAAAUUUAUCGUUCGUUUCCAUCUAAAUUUCAUUAUCGCGUAGUGUAUCGUUCGUUUAUUUGUGUAUAUCCUUAAUAAAUAGUAUGGAAUCGGCAACUUUAACUCCUUCUUCAAGUAUGCAUGAUCAUAAAAGUGAAGAAUGGAAAAAACUGAAACGUAUUUCGGAACGUUAUUUAGAACCCGAUGAUGAUGAUGCAUCUUUAUCUGGCGACGCCGACGAGUUUGCGAUCGAAAAUGCUCAAUCGAAACGCUUUAAAGGUUUGGUUGGCUCUGCCUUGGACGAUUCUUGUUUUGAGUCGCCCGUCAAUAUAGGUGCGAUGCUGCGUCCCAAACGCAUAUUUCAAAAUGCGUCACGUUUUCAAAAUAUGCAUAAUAAUCAGCAUGUGUUUUUAUCGCCCAUUACUGAGAUUUCGAAUAACUUAAAUGAUACUUCCUUAAAUUCUAAACACAGUUUAGAGAUGUCGCAAUUGGAAGCAGACCACGGUUUUGACGAUGGCACAACGCCUAUUAAACGUUUUCGCUCUAGUGGUUUGCCGCAAUCGAAGCUGUUUGUGGAGUCUGAACUAUAUAAUGAGGAUGCCAAAAUAAUUUCAACAAAAGGCCAUUGUAUGGAUGAUAAAUUAGGCGACGAAGAAUCUUUAAGCUGUUUGGAGUCGAGCUUUCAAAUCCAACGUUCAGGACGUAAUCCAUCUUCUCGUCGUUUGAACUUAGAUGCUUCCAUGUCCGAUAUGGCAAUGGAAGAAUUGUCGUUCUACGAUGAUGAUCAUGUCGGUCAAAAUCGUCAUUUCACUGCCAGUCCCCAGUUUAUGGGUCUUCUAUCACCAGAGGGCUCUCCCCAACGUUUCCAAGUUGUUGAGAAAUCAAAAUUCUUGCAGUCUCGCAAGUUGACUACAAAAAAUGUCAACCGUAGCACCGCACUUAGUACAAACACACCCUCCAAAGGAUUCCGUCUUUUGCACAGUAUGUCAUCUACCGGGUCCAUUGAAUCAUCCAUGGAUGAUGAGUAUAUGGAAUUCUUUGAUAUGGAAAAUUUGGAUCAACCCUCUCAAUCAAACGGCUUAAAUUUUCCCAGCGAUUUGAGUUCUUUAAUUUCGGGCCAAAUCAUUAAAAACUCUCCUGUUAAAACACCAGAAAUGCGCAGACCUUCAGUAAGACGUUGCCUGAGCAUGACUGAAAACAACCAAUUCCAGCCAAAGACACCCGAAAAUGUUAAUGCCAGUACCACCUCCACCACCCCCUUCAAUUCCCGCCUCAAUGGCAAUUGCUGCUUCAAGCGUCCAGAGCCACCAUCCACCACCUGCUCGCCCAUACAAACGAAACGCUACCGCGGUGCCGAAAAGGAGAAUAUCGAUGGCUCGUUUACAGUCAACAGCAAAACCUCACCCGCCACUUCAUCAUCGUGCUCUUCUUUGACCAGCGCAACCACAACAACCCGCCCCACCUUACGCAAAUGCAUGUCUAUGAAUGAUGCUGAAAUCAUGUCCGCCCUAAAUCGUUCCGAAAGCACAGACGAACCCGAUCUAAUCGGUGAUUUUAGUAGGCCAUACGCUUUACCUCUCAUCGAAGGACGCCAUCGUGAUCUCAAGUCAAUUACCAGCCAUACCGUAGCUCGCCUAUUAAACGGUGACUUCAAUGACAAAGUAUCCAACUAUAAAAUCAUUGACUGUCGUUAUCCCUAUGAGUACGAGGGUGGUCACAUCGAAGGUGCCAAGAACUUAUACACACAAGAGCAAAUCAUCGAAGAAUUCUUGACCCAAAAAAAGACUGAACCACAACAAAGCAGCAAUGAGGCAUCGGGCAUCAAACGCAAUAUCAUCAUAUUCCACUGUGAAUUCUCAUCGGAACGCGGUCCCAAAUUGUCCCGUUUCUUGCGCAACUUAGACCGUGAGCGCAACACUAUGGCUUACCCCGCCUUGGAUUAUCCCGAAAUCUAUUUGUUGCACAAUGGUUACAAAGAAUUCUUCGAAACUCACGUUGAACACUGCACCCCUAAUGCUUACCGCCCCAUGUUGGAGCCAUCGUACAAUGAGGAAUAUCGUCAUUUCCGUGCCAAGUCAAAGUCAUGGAACGGUGAUGGUUUGGGUGGUGCUACACAGCGUAUCAAGAAAUCUCGCUCAAGACUUAUGGUUUAAAAAUCAAACAGAAUAGCAUCAAAUCAACUGCCUGCCCUUCAAAAAAAAAAAACAAAUUUUUGUAAAAAGUAUUGUCAUUGUUAUUGUCAUUUUUAGUUAUUAUUUAAUUAUUAUUAUUCUUUUUGUUGAUUUUUAUGUUUUGACCCCUCGCCCUCCCACGCACAGACAACAUUUGUAUUUUUAUUUUAUAACAAUUAUUUUUUUGCUUUUUUUAAGUUAUUGAAUGUUAAUGUUAUCAAUUUAAAAUCCAGACAUUUUUAAGAAUCCAAAAAAUUAUUCACACACGCACUAAUAUUUAACAAAAGCAACAAAGGAAGCUUAUUUAAACAAACAAAUUGUCAUUGAAUACCCUUUAGUAGAUUCUAAGAAUUAUUACUUAUUAUUUAUUUUUUAUAAUUUAAUUUAGUUAAUUUAUACAUUCGUAGAACCCCUCUCUUAUAUUUUAGAACUUUUUAUUUUUAUCUAUUAUUUUUUUAGUUGAAUUUGUGUAUAGUUUAAAAUUUUAAAAUUGUAAUUUAUAAAAACAAUCAUUUUUAAAUUGUGUGCAUUAUACUAUAAAUACGUAUGUAUGGCAGUCCGUCCGUCCGUGCAAUCGACCUCUAUCCAAUCGUGGUCUCUUAUCCCUGUUUCUAAUUAUAAAACAAAACAAAGAAGCAAGCUUAACAAUUUAUAAUUUAAACAAAAAAUUUUCGUAAAGUUGAAAACUUUUUACGCACAAUUACGCUUAUUUUUUAUGUUAACUUUUAUUUUUUAUUUAAUUUUAACUUUUUUAUUUAAAGCAAAGCUUUUUUGUAUCAAAAAAUGCAAUAUAAAAAAUUUUAAAAAAGUCAAAUGAAAAAAAAAACAAAAAAUCCAAAAAAAAACAUUAAAAAUUUUAAAAAUAAAACAAUAUGUUAUGAAAUUAAAA